AUGGCCGUGAAUUCCGUGACUUGCUUCCAGGCGAGUACACUCCGAGAGAUCUUCUAUGUCUUCUCUGAGCGCGCCUAUACGCUCAAGAUUAGCAGCAUUGCCCAAGGGCAGUGA